AUGGGGAUGCCUGAGCCCUAUAGGGGCCAAGUAGCAGUUCAGCACAUAACUAUAGCCACAGUUACAACAGAGCAAAUUCAACAAUACGCUAGAUCAACUACUACUAAGAUCUCAGAGAAAUUCUUUGAUGAAAAAGAAAAAUUACCCAAUGAUGGAUCUGAGGAUGAUGGAAUCCAUGUUGAUAGUAGAGAAUUCCCCAAUUCUAGCCUAUUAGGUAGAAAUGAUACGAAAGAUGUCUUAGAAACAAUCAUAAAUGCUAAGAAUCCGCUUUUUAUAUCUGAACACGAUUCUAACGAUGCAACUGUUAAUCAGGACGAACUAGUACCAUUAAAGAAUACUCACAAGCGGUUAUUUUCUGAGAUUGGUGAUGACUUGCCUUCAUCCCAUAUAAUGUCGGUAAUGGAAAAAUAUCAUGCAAAAUCAACAAUGUCAAAAUACGAAUCAAUUUGUGAUCAUCUAUUUGGGCCUCUUGAAGCUUCAUGGAUCCAUGAUAAAUGGGUAAAAAUAAGGGAUUUAAAAGUACCAGAAUAUAAUGAAGGUUAUCUAGCGGAUUUAUUAUGCAAAAUUGAUCAACAAGAAGUGGUUUGUGAACUAGCAUGUGGUGGCCCACAUAAAUAUGACCUUACAAAGUGGACGUCUGACAAAUAUCAGCUACCAAGAAUGCUUAAGGAUACAUUGGAUGAUAUAUUAGAGAAAUUUAGAGGUGUAAGUAGAGAUUCAUCAAAUCUUUAUACUAUCGGAAUUCAACUAUACAUGAUAGAGAUUCGAAUAUACAUGAUGGAAAAGCGUGAUAUAUACCGAUUUCAUCUCCUGAAGUCGUUUAAACUUCUUCUAUUAUAUUCAUCUUAUGAUAAGCUACGUCUUACACUUUCUUGGGCAUGGAAUAUAAGAGGACUUGUGAAAGAACUGUCACUAAAAUUGGAUGAUAGCACGAUUGUUUCCUCUAAAACUUCUGAAUGCCCUUUCAAAAAAGAAACUUAA